AUGCAGGCCCCGUUCAUCCGCUUUGUUCCAGGCGACAAACCUCCUCGUGCAGAGUGCAUCGAGAACGGCUGCACCAUCAAGAACGUAGCUCAAGCGUGCGGCCACAAGCGAUGCAAGAGGCACUGCCUCCUCCAAGCUGCACCGUGCGGCCAGUCAGGGCAUGAUGUGGCAAGACGGGCAGGAACACUUACCGCCAUCCCGCAGCCGCUCGAUCCAUCCAAUCUAGCACACCCACCACCAGUCAUUCCACUGCUCCCCGUUGCCGCCAUUUCGCUCACGCCGCCGUCAACCAACCCUUCCAACACGGCAGUUUCUGAGGACAUGGCUGCAGGCUCUCAAGACCCUCCCUCUCGCAACUUCCGCAUACCGAUGCCAAGUAGCUUCCAGGCCGACUGGGAUGCACGGACGCAAGCUCAGAACACCAAGCGGCAAGCAGAGGAAGAGCGCCGCAAGCAUCUUGCGCUCCUCAAGCAGGAGUAUACGGUGAACAUCUGGGUCCAGAAUGGCCAAGCCCCCAACGUGCACAACCGCCAAGGCUCUCCUACAUGGCCGACAGUCACCUUGGCAUCUCUGACGGACAUCGUAGGGCCCUUGGGCCUCACUCCCUCCACGGCUAUCGAACGCUACCAUAUCCCGUCUCGCACCUGGAGACGCGAGCAGGUCCAGACGGUCAUCAAGGCCACUAAUCAGGACAACCUUCUGUUCCGCCUGGUUGGGGUCACGGAUUGCCGCGGCCUUGACCAGUUUUGCAUUUUGGCCGGUCAGCGCACGCAGCUCACAACUACAUCACUCAUGUCUCUGGUCUCUGCCACGUCUGCCAUGUCUAUCACCCCGGCCGACAACACCCCCACCACUCUCAUCCCAACUACGUCAGCAAUGUCUAUCACGCCUGCAGACAGCAUCCCUGCCGUGUUAGCUCCACCAUAUGAGCACCCCAUCACGACGCAAAGCAGUCCGUCACCGUCACCACCCCCCUUCCUGGAGCCGCCUCCUCCCCCGUCAUUUCCAGCUACACAGGCUGCUGUCUUGUAUACAGCCAAUCUCCCCUCUGAACACGCUGCUACUGACUCAGCUCCUGGUCCUGACGAUCUGGAUUAUCUAUGGCUCACGGGGACUGUCUACACUCCACCGCUCGAUAAGAAAGCCUGGCCGGCAGGGAUCUACGCUCGCGAUAUGGCACAAGCAUUCUCCAUGCUGGGCAACACUGGGGACGACACCGGCCUCAAGGAACGCUUCGAGUACGUCUUCCGAGGACGUCCGUUCAAGUCUGCCACAUACCACGCGCAGCGUUUCGCGUGGAUUCACUCCACUCAGGAACAGCGCGAGUGGGUCAUGGGGCUGCCCCGCACGAAGGAAGGGCUGUGGACGAACUGUCGUAGGAAGCUCACCGGGUGGAAGCAACUUCCAGCCCACCAGUAG